CACCACUUCCUCCUCUCGGCCAGCACCAGAUCAUGUAACUGGGUCAAACCUGUCAAAGGACCAUCACUUUGGAUAACUUUAGUUUGACUUUUGUUCUGCUGUCAGUCUGAGCAUAAAAUAUUGGACUAACGUCUGGUUUGGCAGUUGGUCAGUAUGUGUGGAAGACGUGCAUUCAGGCUUUCUCUGCUUCUGCUGGUGUGGUGUGUGUGCACAGCCUUUGAAGAGAUUCAAGUGAAAACAUUGGAAACAGGAGCAGAUUUGGGCACUCCUGCCUGUCCAAACCAAACCAUUCAUAAAAUGAUGUUUGUAAUAUGUAAGGUAGAUAGAGUGAUAAGUAGUGGGAAUGAGUGUAAAGUGGCUCGUCGGUUUGACCAAAAUGGUACAGACAACACUUGUGACCCCAGAGUCACACUACAGAUAGAGAGUGACAGAGUGUUUCUAAACAUCACCAACAUACAACCAUCUGAUGAAGGGAGCUACACCUGUGAGUGUGUACAUAAUCGAGGAAGACAUUUUUUUAAUCUCAAUAUUUCUGUCAAUGGAUCCCAUGUCACAAACAUCCUUUCUUUCAUACGUCCUUUCAAUGUCAUGAUAAUAACAGCCUUUGCAGGAUUUGUAGCCGUUGUGGUCCUUGUUGGAAUAAUCAGGAGGAAAUGUAAUCUCAACAGGAGAACACAGCAGAAAGCGGUGUACACCUUUAAAGAGGAGGAGCAACAGGACAUUGAUCCCUACAACACGCUCACAAGUAGAGACAAUGGGAUCUACUCAACUCUCCAGCUGACACCUUCUAACCCCUGACCUCUAGCACCGUUGACCAAUGACGACAUGUCAUUAGACACCUUUUUCUAUCACUAGGGGUUAAAUACUAUUUCACCAGCCCUGGAUAUACAACUGUACAGUAUGUCCAUUUACUGUAUAUAUUGAUUACUGUAAUGCCCCUAUUUUUACAGCGGAUACACUGACUUUAUAUAGUUCCAUUGAUUGGUUAGACAUCUGGCUGAAUAGGUCCUGUACUGUAGAUCGUCUUCUGUUGCUGUAAAUAUCAGCACUUACUGUAUGAAUCAUGCACAUUCUGUUACGUAGAACCAAUGUUCCUGUGGACAGAUGUGAUCAUGUGCAUUUUCUCCAGGUGUCAGUGUAUUGGAUUGGUAAAAGAUAUUCCCUGCAGCAGUAGAGAUUUAGAGUCAUCAUCACAACAUGCUUCGUGACAAAUGUAUUUUCCUUGCUUUCAAUGUUCCAUCUCCAUGUAUCAUGUAGGCCUACAUGAGUUACAUGUUCAGGUGAAGAGAUGUAACGACAAAACUAAAGCAUUUAUUAAAACGUCAUUUCCAAACAGA